CAAGCACACAGUUACCGGUCGAUAUACUUUACAAGCGACCUUGGUCCUAAUUUCAUAAGACAGCGAUGUCUGGUCGCUACGCCCCGCUCCCCAACCCACGCGCGGACCCAGACGCCAGCAACGAGAUGGAAGCCGCAUUCGACGACUCGGACGACGAGGGUGAGCAGGCGCCCCUCGCCGGCCGCACCGUUGUCUCCAACCAUCCACUCGUGGACAACAACGACCCCUCGGUGACCGCGACCAAUGCCGUCUCUGCGUACGGACGAUCUCCCCCAGCACCGGGAACUUACGACUUUGAGAACGUCGACUACGACUACCCGCCCCCGGGCUCUCCGCCUGCGCCGUCUGAUCGCGCGCUGCCUAACUCGCAUGGCAAUUCGAACGGGAUCGUGCCCUCUGCAUCUUCCGCCGUGGCGGUGGACACAUAUAGGGGCCCGCCGCGAGGCUGGUUCGGCCGCACGGCGGCGGCCGUGCUGCCUGCUCAUUAUGUGACGAGGUUUGGGUUGGAUAGGGAGCGGCUGAGCACGAAUGACGGAAGCGAGCGGAGGAGGGUCGUCGGCGGAGGAACGCAGAACGACGGCGUGUUUGCGAAUGUCACGGCCAAGCCUACCGCCCCUCGGCGAGUGCAAGAAGGCGACGAAACAUAUUUGGUACCUGAAGAAGCUCAGAAGGACGCUCCACCAUCCUACCAGGCCGCCCAGCUUGAUGCCGUGCCGCCUUACUGGGAGACGACCGUUCACCUCCCCUCCAGCGCCAACAGCCCCGGCGAAGUCAUGAUCGACGGCUUAUCCACCGGAUCGCUGUUCUCCUUCCUUUGGAACAUGCUUGUCAGCGUCUCCUUCCAAUUCGUCGGCUUCCUCCUCACCUACCUCCUUCACACCACCCAUGCCGCCCGUCUUGGCAGCCGAGCUGGCCUGGGCGUUACCCUCAUCCAAUACGGCUUCGCUCUUCGCUCUCGCGCAGACAGCUGGGCCACCCCCGUACCCUCCGACUCUUCUGAUCCUUCGCUUUGGUCCUGGGACACACCCUCUCCCUCACCACCCGCGCCGUCCUUCGACACCGCCAAAGAGGCCGAGGACUACUACAAUAGCCUCGCUCUCAACGGGACCGACGGCGCACUCCCGUCGGACGACUACGUGAUCGACACGGGCGACACGCCGGCGGCUUGGCUCGCGUUCGCGCUCAUGACCGUCGGCUGGUUCGUCCUCCUCACGUCCCUCCUCGGCUUCUGGCGCGUGAAGCGUUGGGAAGCUGGCAUCCUCGCCUCGCCCGCGGCCUCGUCUGCGCCGGCGGCGUCCUCACAACCGCGCCACCCGCUCGCGCGUGUGUUCGACGUACCGGGGCUCAGCGGGCGGGCCUCCCUUCUCAGCCGCGGGCUAGGCCUCGACCGGCUGAUGCAACACCGCCAGGCGCCCACGGCCGACGUCGUGGAGGACAUAUUUGCGGUUGGCCCGGAUGACGAGGACGAGGUGGAGGAUGCGAGCAGGCGCAGUCUCCCUGGCCACACACAGUUUGUGAUCCCCGUGGACGAGAGCGACCCCGAGCGGACUCGGCAGAUCGUGCAGGCAUAUGCGGCGGAGGAGCGGUUGCACCGCGAUUUGCGCGCCGCGGGGCUGCUGUGAGAUGCAGAGGUGAACGAGUUAGUGGCUACGGUGGGCUAUGGUUCUUCUAGUUUUGUACAGAUAUAUUGGUAUUGGUUGGUUUUGCUCGCUCGCUUAUCUACCCCUUCCCCUUCCUUCCCCGAAUGCGUAUGGACGAAUGAUGCGGUCCUUUCUUCGGUUUGUAUGACAUACAUUAAAACAACACAACCCUAACAGAGUUGACGUCUUUCGCUCUGAAAAAGGUCGC